AUGGAUUCGCCAGACUUUCUAAUCUCAUCCCUCCGAAUUCUAACAUUUUUCGAAAUUCCCAUUCAUUUUCUCGGCUUCUAUUGCAUCAUAUUUCACACUUCCAAAAAAAUGAAAAGUUUGAAAUAUGCCAUGUUGCGAUUCUGUUUAUGGAGUGCCCUUUUAGAUAUAUCAAUAAGUUGGGCUACCGUACCUUUUGUAUUCUUUCCAAUUCUCGCAGGAAUUCCGAUGGGUAUUUUAUCACGAUCUUUUGAAAUUCAACCAAUUCCUCAGAUCAUAAUUGUUGUUUAUUUGCUGGUUGGUGUUUGUUGUUCAUUGGUUGGAAUCUUAGAGAAUCAAUAUACAAAAAUCAUCACAAAAUCGAAAACACACGAAAACCUGCAAAUCUUCAUUUAUAUAAUUAAUUUUCUAAUAGCCACUACAGUUCUAGUUAUACUUGCUAUAAAUGUUCCAGAUCAAGAAUUAGCAAAACAUGAGAUUCAACUUAUUCCAAAAAUAUAUCUAGAUCUUCCAAAUUUCUUCAUACUUUCUCUAAACAACUUCUUUGUUGGCAUAUUUUUAUCCUCCGGAGGAAUACUUAUAAUUGCUCAAUGUCUAUUUUUCUUCAUCUCUACAUUACGAGAAUUAUAUGCGAACAAAUCGAUAUCUGUCAGAACUCGAACAUUACAAAAUCGAUUUUUCACAUUGAUCUGUGUACAAAUCGCAAUUCCAUUUACUUUAUUGGCUCUUCCGGUGGCUUAUAUCGUUUAUAGUUGCUCGAUUGGUUUUCAUAGUCAAAGUGAGCAAGUGAGCUCGAAGUUUUGCACCGGAUAAACAUUUUUGCAGCUCUCAACAACUUGGUGUUCAUCUUCUUAUCACUUCACGGAACCCUAUCUACACUAUCAAUUAUUUUUUUGCAUUCUCCUUAUCGGAAGGCUGUUUUUUCAAUUUUCAGAUUUCGAUUUAUUUUUGCAAAGAAAAGUCGGACUGAAAUCGCAUCGAUUUAUUGA